UUAUCAGGAAGAAGAAACGCUCCAGUUAACGGAGAGCGGACGAGCUGGGUCUUAUGUUGGAUGAAAAAACAAGCCUGUAAAGUCUACAUCUAACAGAGUCUAUUCAUCAGUGCAUUAUGCCUGAUGAAAUGGCGAGGCCUUUAAUCCAAGGAGGAGGCUCCAGACAUCUCGAAGCCUCCAUGUCUGAAGCAGGCGCUCCAGUUGUUGGCAUCCUGGGUACGGGUGACUUCUCCCGUUCGCUGGCGAGAAGGCUGGUGGCCUCCGGCUACCAAGUGGUGGUGGGGAGUCGAAACCCCAAACGCUCUGUGGCUUUGUUCCCUGAAGAGGCCGAGGUGACAUCCCAGAUGGAGGCAGCCAGCCAGGCAGACCUUGUCUUUGUCGCUGUGUUCCCGGAGCACCACUCCACGCUGGUGGAGCUGAAGCCAGCACUAGCUGGAAAGACGCUGGUGGAUGUCAGCAACGGUCUGAGAAUCAACCGCGACGGGCCUUCGCAUGCCGAGCAGCUGGCCGACUUGUUUCCAGAGAGCACUGUCGUCAAAGGGUUUAACACCAUAUCAGCCUGGACCCUCCAGAGGGGGCCUCGGGAUGGAAGCAGACAGAUUUUCCUGUGCAGUAACAGCAGCAAGGCCAAGAGCUCGGUGAUGCAACUCUGUCGUAGAAUGGGCUUCGUCCCCAUCGACAUGGGCCUGCUCUCCUCUUCUCUGGAGAUCGAAAACCUCCCCCUCUUUCUGUUUCCCUCCUGGCGCCUCCCAGUCCUCUGCACUCUGAUCCUGUUCCUCUUCUUUUACGUGUACAACUUCCUCCGCGACGUCCUGCAGCCCUACGUCAAAGCAGAGAAGAGCGUUUUCUACAAAAUGCCUAUCGAGAUGGUCAAUGUCACGCUUCCCUCCGUGGCCUUGGUGAUGCUCUCUCUGGUCUAUCUGCCUGGUUUGUGUGCCGCUUUCCUCCAGCUGUGGUGGGGCACAAAGUACAAUCGCUUCCCGAACUGGCUGGACCGGUGGCUGACCAGCAGAAAGCAGUUUGGGCUGUGUAGCUUCCUGUGUGCGGGUCUUCACGCCAUCUAUAGUCUGUGUCUCCCCAUGAGGAAGUCUGCCCGCUACAAACUGCUCCUGGCUUUUAAACAGAUGGAGGAGGGGGGGACGAAGGACUUGUGGAAUGACGAGGAGGUGUGGAGGAUGGAGCUGUACCUCUCAGUGGGCAUCAUGGCCCUCGGGCUGCUCUCUCUGCUGGCUGUCACCUCGCUGCCUUCAGUGGCCAACGCUGUCAACUGGAGAGAGUUCAGCUUUAUACAGUCCACACUGGGUUACUGUGCCUUGUCCAUGGCCACCCUCCACACACUCCUCUUUGGCUGGAACCGUGCCUUUGAUUCAGCCCAGUACCACUUCAACCUGCCGCCCACCUUCAUACUGGUCCUGAUUAUUCCCCUGGCAGUUCUGCUGGGCCGCCUGGCUCUCUUCCUGCCCUGCAUGGCCCGGCGGCUUGCACAGAUCCGCCGUGGCUGGGAGAAGAGCCGACACAUCCGCUUCACUCUGCCGGACGACGACUGCCGCAACGGGCUGGAGGACAUCAGUAAUGUGUGAGAAACACACUGUAAGGUGUGUGUGUGUGUGAAGAGCCAGACAAAAAAGGUGUAAAGCAGAGCUCAUGUGUGCAUGCACAUAUGAGAUAAAUGAUUUAUAGACUCUUGGAAUGUAUCGAAGGCUCGUCUCUGAGAGAUUUCAGAGGUGUAUGUGAGUCUCUUUUCAACAAAUCAGCUGGUAGUUCCUCAGAUGUUCGACCAGUAGAGCUGUAGUCGUCGACCUUAUUGCACUAUGCAUCGUCACUAAUGAGUAUGUAGUUGCUCCUUAUGCCUUUGACUUUAAUUUAUUGUUAUCUGUUUCUCUGUUUGAAGCUUCAACCCAGAGCUAAGGACGAACACUAUUCACUUCUGGUAUAAUUUAUGCAAAACUGUCACUGUUACACUUCUAAUGAACCUGCUGAAUUUUGCAUAAGUUCAUAACUGAGUCUUUGAAAUAAGAUUUCUUCGCUCUCAUCAGCAGAGGUAGACGUACCCUUCCUCUUGGCUUGUGCAUUCCUGUCAGUUAAAGGUUUUCAUUUUUAUUUUGUCUCUUCUUGCACUUAAAGAUGGCUGCUCAGAUUAUAGUCAGCCAGCCUGCGACAUUUUGUCCACAUGCUAAAAUGGCAACAGACAUGGUUUUGUGUUGUUUUUGCUGUCACUGAUGAAACUCGAGUGUUUCUUCUUCUUUUGUUUUACAUUUUAUUUUGCAACACUGAAAAUGUAAUGUGCUGUCACAUUAAUUCAAACUAAAAGCAACUGUAUGAAAAUUAUUGGGCUGGUGAGGGAGGUGAAACUUAUCUUAAAAAAGACCUUCCCCAGUAUUAUAUAUAUUUUCUUUGGACUUUUUGGUGAAGAUUCUCAGUCAUGCAGGUCAUGGUAAUCCUAAGUGUUAUAUCGUAGGCAACUGGACUGGCUUGCAUUUCUUGGAAGAUGUUUCGCCUCUCAUCCAAGAAGCUUCUUAAGUUCUAAAUGACUGGUAUGAACCAGGUGGGUCAACAACUAACAUUGUGACCUUAACGACUCUGAAACUAAGAGCUCACGUGACCCCUAGGACUCUGCAAGGGUUCCCACCCACACAGGGUUUAUAGCCUGCAACUUCGUACCAGUAAUUUAGAACUGAAGAAGCUUCUUGGAUGAGAGGCGAAACGUCUUCAAGAAACGCAAGCAAGUCCAGUUGCCUACGAUAUUAGCACUUACGAUUUUCUUUGGACCUUCCCCUCAACCUCAGAACCAGUUAUUGUUUAAUUACAGUAAAGCCUCUGGGGGGCAAUGGCCGAUAUUUCAGGAGUUUUGGUGUAGUCAGUGGAUGUCCAGGCCAAGACUUCCUCUUCCAUGCCCCGCUCGUUGUUUACAAUUCAGUUGGUAACUUGAGAAAGGUCCGGACAAAAUUGUGGCUAGUCUCUAUAAACAGGUAUCUGCGUUUGAAUGCUGAUAAAUUAGGGGAAAACUAGUACCAAGCAAAAUCGUCUGAGAUGAUAGAUAGAUUCUGAUACUGCAUUCAGCAUUCCGCCUCUUUUACUCUUCAGGUGGACCCAGUAUCUCUACACGAUAAACCAUUAUUUAGUUUAUUCAGGUCCUGGAACCAUUAAUAAUUUAAAGAGGCAAAGUGUAAAGAAUUUUAGAUGAUGUACCCCAUUUAAAUAUUUCAUGUCCUCCACUAUUACACAAACUAGAAGUGAAAUUUGAAAUUACCAAAUGUACGGCAUAUGAGCCAAUUUAAGUGUUUGAACCAAGGGCUGAUAAACAUUAACUUCCUGUUUUAUGCGUAUAGGAAUUUGCUUUUUUUAUGUAGUUAUAAAUGCAAAGAAAGCUUUAUGUGUCUUGGUUCCAGCUUGUUAGCGUUGGAAGAACAGGUGAUCAAGUUUGUGAGUUCAAGGACUGAAAACAUGCGGAACUGAUCAUGUUAGGUGUGUUUCAAGAGAGUUCGACAGUGUUCCCUUAAAAAAGAAAAAUGACAAAAUGGCCACCCCUCCCUCUUACAAUAAUUUUUGUACAGUCCCUUACUCAGGUGGUCUUUACAGUGUAACUAGAAAGCCACAUCUGAGGCAUACCUGCAUCUCUAGUUGCCACAGUUGUGAAGUACAGACAAGUGGUUACACAAUUUUAGAAAACUGCCAUUGAUAAGGUUUUAUUUUUAAAUAUGGUUACAAUAUAGUGUUGUACUAAACUGACCUGCUGUACAAGUACGCAUCUUACUUACAAACAUAUCAAGAGGGUGUUACAGAACUUUUUUUUUUUUUUUUUUUUUUUACUGUUUUUAUCAUGAGCUGUUGUGUGAUUUCAGCAGUUUUUGUUUCAUUAAAUGAAUUUGUAUUUUCUCAGUUUCAUGUAUUCUUGCCAAAGAUGAUUCUCCGUUAUGGGAUUGGUAGAUUUCUAACUGAAUCCUAAUUAAAACGUCAUUGUGAAGUAGUGAAAUUUAAGCAGUCUAACAAAAGCAUGAAUGCAGAUUUCGCAUGGAAAUUUCUAGAACAUAGAAUAAAGCGUUUUUCUACUUUUUUUUGCUAUUGUAUUUAUGUUUUAAGUAAAGUGAAAUAGAUUUGUUGUGGAUGAUUCAUGUCAGGAUUUCUCAACUGAGUCAAAGGCUGAUAAAAACUUCAUUUAAUAUGUGAAUGCUGCCAUCUUGUGGCAGAACAAUAAUAGUCUCCAAAUGUCUCCCAAAGCUAUAUAUAUAUAUAUUUUUGUUAUGUGUAUAUGUACUUUGGAAAACACAGAAGCAAAAACUGAAAUUUUUUUGUGAAAUAUGUGACAGAGGCUCAAAGUUGUAUUAAAAAUAUGAGUAAUGUCA